UUGUCAUACAUUAUCCUAAAUAAGGCGAAUAUUUUCAUUCCAGACACCAGUCUGCCGUGUGUAGUCACCAAAGCAACAAUAUUAUUCGAUGAUGUCCAAGGAGAAUCCUUCCAAUCCCAAAAACGGGGAGGUUACCGAAGAUGCGGAUGCUGAACGAAUCCUGGACGAAGCACUAAUUCGACUGAAAGAACGGAGUCGGGAGUCUCUUAAAGCGCUGAAACACACUCACUCCUCAGUCCUGAAGCAGCAGGACAAAAUUCUAAUAAAACUUGCAGAUGAGGUGCAGGGUGCUUUGGUUACUCCCGCGCCUUUGCGACAGCUUGCCCAGUUUCAGGUCCAUCAUAAUGGCUUAAAUCGGUUGAAAUGGGACAAGGGCGAAGAUCUCGAUCGCCUGGAAACGACUCUCGAGAAACUUGAACGUGGAAACGGAAAUAAUUUGAUAGUGGAAAGCUUUCGACAGCAUUUUUAUUUCCGCCUACGAUUGGUGCACAUGCAUCACUAUUAUUCAUUCCAUAACAGGGUAUUCCAACAAAAGUUGUUGGAUUACGCGAAGCGGAUUCGCCAGCCAUUGCCCCAAGGUGCUCCGCCAAGAGCCGAGAAGGGAGGAUAGAUAGCGCAGUUCCCAUU